AUGGGUAAUUCAAGUGCAUUAACAGGAAUUUCUCCACGAUCUUCUGUAAUUUAUCCUUCUCUUGUCGAUGUCAAUUCUUAUGCUCUCGCAACCGUUCCAUUGGACACUGUCUACAUUGCUAAAAGUUCUCUUCCGAACGCUGGUCUAGGAGCAUUUGCUGCUCGUCCCAUCGCACGUCUCAGUUAUUUUGGUCCUUACGGUGGCUAUAAACACAACAAUGACCUUAUUCAUGAAGCAAGCGGCUAUGCUUGGAGAGUAAGAAUGGAAACAGCUUGA